AUGACGCGCCGACAAUCGCAGUUCCGCCCUUGCAUCGACCUCCACGGAGGCGUCGUCAAGCAGAUCGUCGGCGGAACGCUCGACCUUACUGCUGAUGGCGAGGGAAACGCACCGCGCGAGAACUUUGUGGCUACCAAGCCUCCCUCUUACUACGCCGAACUCUACAAAAAGAACGGUCUUACUGGUGGCCACGUCAUCAAGCUUGGCCCUGGUAACGACGAAUCUGCCCGUGAGGCUGUUGGGACAUGGAAGGGUGGCCUCCAGAUCGGCGGGGGCAUCACCCCGGCCAACGCGAAGGAGUGGCUGGACGCGGGUGCGGAGAAGGUGAUCGUGACCUCGGCCCUCUUCCCAGGUGGCAAAUUCAAGGAGGAUGUGCUAAAGGAGCUGUGCGCGUCUGUUGGCAAGGAGCGCCUUGUUGUGGACAUCAGCUGCCGGAAACGCGAGUCCGGCUGGAUUGUCGCGAUGAACGGAUGGAAGACUCUGACCGACAUGACCGUGAACGCCGAAAGCAUCAAGGUGAUGGAGGCAUACUGCUCGGAGCUGCUCAUCCAUGCCGCCGACGUCGAGGGCCUGUGCCAAGGGAUCGACGAGGAGCUUGUCCAGCGUCUUGGGGAAUGGGUUUCCAUUCCAUGCACGUACGCAGGUGGAGCGAAGGAACUCGGCGACCUGGCUCUGGUUGACCGGUUGUCAAACGGCAAGGUGGACCUGACGUUUGGGAGUUCGCUGGACAUCUUUGGAGGGAACGGUGUCAAAUUCGACGACCUGGUUGCCGAGGACAAGAAGGCCAAGGAGGCGUCCAAGGCAUAA